GCACAGAACCCAGGCGAAGCGCCUUAAGGAGUGGCACUUUUUAAAAGUGCAGCCCUAAGGCCACCCAGUACCCGCUCCUACCUUAGUUUAGUUACUUGUUGGGUCCGAUUCGGUCCCUGUGUGCGCCCGGCUUUCCUCACUGAGAACCCAAACCCAGCCCAGUCUAGUCUCCACCAUGCCGGUCAAAGGAGGUACCAAGUGCAUUAAAUAUCUGCUGUUUGGAUUUAACUUCAUCUUUUGGCUCGCAGGAAUUGCGGUCCUUGCCAUUGGUCUAUGGCUCAGAUUUGACUCUCAGACGAAGAGUAUCUUUGAGCAGGAAGAAAACAAUUCCACUUUCUACACAGGUGUUUAUAUCUUGAUUGGGGCUGGUGCCCUCAUGAUGCUGGUAGGUUUCCUGGGCUGCUGCGGGGCCGUGCAGGAGUCACAGUGCAUGUUGGGCUUGUUCUUUGCCUUCCUGUUGGUGAUUUUUGCCAUCGAAAUAGCUGCUGCCAUCUGGGGUUAUUCCCACAAAGAUGAGGUGAUUCGUGAGAUCAAGGAAUUUUAUAGGGACACAUACAACAAGAUGAAGACCAAAGAAACCCCCUACAAGGAGACCCUCAAAGCCAUCCACCUUGCACUAGAUUGUUGUGGCUUGACUGGAGUUUUGGAUCAGUUCAUCACAGACACCUGCCCCAGCAAGGACUUGGUUUCCUCAGUAACCAUGAAGCCUUGCCCAGUAGCUAUCGAGGAAGUCUUCAAUAAUAAAUUCCACAUCAUUGGAGCUGUUGGCAUAGGGAUUGCUGUUGUGAUGAUCUUUGGCAUGAUUUUCAGUAUGAUUCUGUGCUGUGCUAUCCGGAGGAACCGAGAUAUGGUCUAGAGUCUUUGCUUUCAUCCCCUGAGCAGGAAUAUCUGCCCUCUAGAACUGUUCUGUUUGUGUCUUUUGUUUUAUUUUAUUUUGUUUGCCACUAACUUUAGUAUUCAUUCUGCAUUUUUAAAUGGACAAAGUUGUUCUAUAUUUGUUAUCUUUUUAAUGCCUUAUUUGAUACCGAUGUUUGUAGUUGAGGGUUUUUUGGUUUUUGCUUUUAUGGUCAAAGAAAUCCUGCAAUGAAAGGUACUAUAUUUGCUAGACUCUAGUUAAAGAUAUUGUACAGAAUAAAGGACCAUGUUGGCCUUUAAAUAGAUAAAAAAAAAUGUCUUAUCUCAGAUUUAAUCAGGAUGUAACUUAUGUUGAAGACAAUUUCAUACAUAAUAAAGAUUAUGACAAUAA